AUUUACAUUGGUGCGUUUGACAAAAAUGCCAAAUGAAUGGCCGUAUUUUCUAUAAUCAUAAUUUAAAAAAUGGCAAAAACUUACGAUUGUUUAUUUAAGUUACUUUUAAUAGGUGAUUCUGGAGUUGGAAAAACUUCUAUAUUGUUUCGGUUUUCAGAAGAUGCAUUUAACAUUUCAUUUAUAUCAACAAUUGGUAUUGACUUCAAAAUAAGAACAAUAGAUCUAGAUGGGAAAAAAGUAAAAUUACAAAUAUGGGAUACAGCAGGACAAGAAAGAUUCCGUACCAUUACUACAGCAUACUACAGGGGCUCUAUGGGCAUAAUGCUAGUUUAUGAUGUCACAAAUGAAAAGAGCUUUGAAAACAUAAAAAAUUGGAUAAGAAAUAUUGAAGAAAAUGCAAGUGCUGAUGUGGAGAAAAUGAUACUUGGUAACAAAUGUGAUUUAGAUGAUAAAAGACAGGUUUCAAAAGAAAAAGGUGAACAAUUAGCAAUAGAAUAUCAAAUAAAAUUUGUGGAGACUUCAGCAAAGGACUCAUUAAAUGUUGAAUAUGCAUUUUAUACUCUUGCGAGGGACAUUAAAGCUAAAAUGGAGAAAAAGCAGGAGGCAAGUAAUCCCCCUGGAGUCCGUGGAGGGACCCACCUGUUGAAGGCUACAGACCAGCCCCGCAAGCCAACAUCUUGGUUGUCCCGCUGCUCCAUACUCUGACAAUAUUUUCUACUACAUUAUCUCCCCAACUAAAUCAAUAAGGGUCGCAAACCCAAAUAUUUUUCGACCUACAUUUUAACUGGUGCAACCCAUUUCAGGGUUUUAGACUUGCUUUUGUAUUUUUAUAUCCACAAUUUAUUUGAGGUUAUAAACUGAGUUGGAUUUAAAUUUGAACUGCGUAUUGAUCAGAGGACAAAUGGCGGCGCGCAGUAUGCCAUAAUAUUUCAUACUAUCAUAAUCGUUAGAUACCCUAAUGUUGUAUAUUUGUCCAUUUUGGAUACCACUUAAUAUCAUAUAAUGUGAUAUAAUUUAAUAAAAAUUGUAAGUUCAAUUUAAAUAAUAUUUACCUACUUAUUACAUAAUUGGAGUAAGAAACAACAACAGUAUUUUAAUGCAAAUAAAAUAUUUACUUUUGACAUUAUUAUUUUAGGGCAAAUUUUGGUAGAUAAUAUUAAACAAGGUUUGAUGGAUAUUAUUUUAAUAGACGAUUAGCUGUAUUUUCAUUUUGCUAUGUUAAGGUAAUAUAUUUUAAUGUAAUAUAAACUACAUUUUAUUUAAUUUAAAUAAACAGUGCUUUUUUAUGA